AUGUGGCCGUCAAUAAACAAGAUCCGGGGACACCAAAUGCAAUUUUCCCAAACAAUGCACAAACAAAAAAGAAUAAGCAAUCUAGGAGAAUAUAUUCACGACCUUUGCCAAUUUAGGAGGAUAUAUCCAUUUCAAUUUCUCUUGCGGGGACAUUAUUUUGUUUAUGCAAUUCUUUGUUUUGGUUCAAAGAAAAGUUGCGGAAGAGUGAUGGAGUACACGGCGAAGCAGCAACCCUCCCAACAGCAAUACCAAUAUCAGCAGGCAUAUGAUCCUUCCCAGUACGAUCAAUCAGCCGCCUACUAUUCCUACACCAAUCAACACCAGUAUCAAUAUGAUCAAGGACGACAACAACAGCAAUACCAGUAUUACCCUCCUCCUCAAGAUUCUUCUUCCCAACAAUACUCGCUGUUUUGUCAAGACGCUGCUCCCAUUCACCCUCCCGGCGUCCCCUUGGACGCUGCCCACCGCAAUCAGCCAACCGUUUACUAUCAACCGCAGCCUGCAGUGGAGCCUCAGCAGCAGCAGCAGCAGCAGCAGGUAAUUCCGGUGACGGGAUCGGAUUCCGGCUUUGCGACGGCGAAUUUUGUGGGGAAUAUGGAUUUGGCCCAGAGGGAUAAUUGGCCCCCUCAGAUGCAACCUGCAUCUAGGGGUGGAAGGAGGGGUGGUAGGUCUUCUAGAGGGGGCGGCCGGGGUCAUGUUGGUAACCGUGGCCUCAGACCAGAUGGCUCUGCACCUCCAUAUAAUAGGGGUCGUGGCCGAAGUGGCAGCAGGCACUUUCCUCCAAAUGGUGUGACAUCAGCAAUUCCUAAUUCUGUAGAUCCAAGUGGUGCAGCUGCUGUAAUGCCACCUACAGCUGCAUUACCAACUGAAGUGCCUGCUGCUCCACUCUGGCCACCUCCACGUAUGGCUUGGUGUGAACUGUGCAGGGUUGAUUGCAACAGACCAGAAAUCCUGGAGCAGCAUAAGAAUGGAAAGCGACAUAAGAAAAACUUGCAGGUACAUGAAGAGCUGCAGAAGCUGAACAAAGUCAUAACUGGACAGCAAAGUGUGCAAGUGCCCAAUUCAGGAUCAGAAGUUGUUCAAUUGGAGAAAGUUGAGGGAUCUGAGGGACAACAUCAACAGGAAACUUCACCCUCCUUGGCUGUUACUAAUGACAGUAAGAAAGAAACUGAGCAGCAGAAAGACAUAGUGAAUAACUCUGAGGCAUCAACUAAUGAUUCUGCAAAAGCUAAAAGGAAACUAUGGGAUGCCUCUGAAGCUCGGGGACGUGGUUUCAAGCGUAAGAUGAGAGGGGGACGAGGUGGUAAAUACAUGAAAGGUAAUGAACGACCUAGAAGACCUGUUGAGCCUCCCAAACCCAAGGGGGGUAUUCCUUUUAUGUGUGAGUUGUGCAAUGUCAAGUGUGAAUCACAUGUGGUUUUUAACAGCCAUUUGGCUGGUAAAAAGCACAUUGCAAAUCUGAAGAGGUUUCACGGGCACCGGGCUUUAUAUGGAGAAGCAGGACUUCAAGCACUUUAUCCACCUAAUUUUAAUGCUCCAUCACCUUCCUUCAUCCCUCAAAUUCAACAAGGCGUUACUGACCCACAAGUUGUUUUAGCUCAGCUGUUGACUUAUGUCCUUAGUCAAGCCCAAGUCCCAGGGUUAGCAGCCCCUCAGUUACCUCUACUGGCAGCAACAUCAGCAGCACCAUGUGCACGAUUAUCAAGUUCUGAAAACCAUUAUCCUCAUAAGUUUACUGAAGGUUCAUUAGCCACAUCAGAAGUGAGAGGGGGAGAAGCCGUUAAGGUAGAAGCUGAAACUUGGCAGCAAUCUAGUGUGGAAAAGUCUGAAGCUUCGCUACUUGCAGGAAUUAACAAAACAGAGAAUCAAAAGACAGAACCUGAAAAGAAUGAAGUGAGUCAGCAACAAUGUUUCACUGCUAAGUUUGAGGUUCCACCUCCCGUAGGAAUUGAUUUUAAGGCCGAGAAUGGAGCUUUAGAUUUGGAAAAUAAGGCAGUCAGUCCUCCCAUGGAUAACCCCAUCUUGGCAACAGCAGAAUAUCAAGCCACCGGAGACAAGCCAUUGCUGUCAUCAACAUCAGAAAAAGAUACCGGAACAGAAUGUAAAACAGUCUCCUCGGAGCCAGUUGAAGAGGAAGUGGAGGAACCAGAGGAGGAUCCAGAAGAGGAAGUGGAGGAGGAGCCGGAGGAGCAAAAUAAAUAGCCUACUAGGUUGAGCAAAAUGCUAUUUGUCCCUCUUAAUGUGGCAAUGAUAUAUUGGUUCAACUUGAAAAUUCUCAUUCAUAAUUGAAUUGGUCGUUUUCAUCUUGAA